AAAGUAGGCUAACACCGUCGCAUCGCUAGAAGAACGGAUUUUCGGACAGGCUUUGUUUGUGUAUGAGCUCCAUCACCUCCUCCAGAAAUGUGGACGGAUAUAAGGAAACUACUGAUCUUUCAUUUGUUUGUCCUAAAACACUGCUCAAAAGGAGCAGUGGCAGAAGAGUGUGAGGAAGGCCAGUUUCAGUGCAAUAACAGAAGGUGUAUACCGACCAUCUGGAGGUGCGAUGACGAUGACGACUGCUCAGACAACAGCGACGAGGAAAACUGUGCCAGGAAGACGUGUGCCCCAGCAGAGUUUGCCUGUGCUAACGGCCAGUGUGUACCAGGCCGCUGGCGCUGUGACGGGGAGCCAGAGUGUCCCGACGGCUCGGAUGAGGCAGACGCCACCUGCAGCAAGCAGACGUGUCCUUCGGAGAAGUUUGACUGCGGCGGCUCCACCAACAAGUGUGUCUCGUUGUCAUGGCGAUGCGAUGGCGAGCGGGACUGCGAGAACGGGGCGGACGAGGAGGACUGCGCCGCCGGAAACAAAGCCUGCCCGAAAAGCCAGUUCCAGUGUGCCAACCGCAAGUGCCUGGCACCUGUCUUCGUGUGUGACGGCGAUGACGACUGUGGCGACGGCUCCGACGAACUCAAAUGCUCCGACCGCCACUCGCCGACGAACACCUGCAGCCCGCACGAGUUCCGCUGCAACACCUCGGAGUGCGUGCCCGUCAUGUGGAGCUGUGACGGCGACCCCGACUGCCCCGACGGCUCUGACGAGUGGCCGGAGCGUUGCCGCGGUGAAGGUUCACAUCCACGCCGCAGGGUGAACUGUACGAUGGAGGAGUUUCGGUGCGCCAACGGGGAGUGUGUGAGGCUGCCGUGGAAAUGUGACGGCGAUCCAGACUGCAAGGAUAAGUCAGACGAGGCAGAAUGUCCCCUACUGACGUGCAGGCCAGAUGAGUUCCAGUGUGGGGAUGGCUCCUGUAUCCACGGCACCAAGCAGUGUAACAAGGUCCAUGACUGUCCUGACCAGAGUGAUGAGGCCGGCUGUGUCAAUGCCACUAAGUGUGAGGGUCCCUUGAAGUUCCUGUGUAAGAACGGAGAGUGUAUCGACAGCGCCAAGGUGUGUGACAAUGUCAAGGACUGCAAGGACCGCUCUGAUGAGCCCAAGAAGGAGUGUGGGCUCAAUGAGUGCUCACUCAACAACGGCGGCUGUUCUCACAUCUGCCAGGAUCGACCAAUAGGCUACGAGUGCCAGUGUCCCACCGGGUACAAGCUACUGGACAAGAGGACGUGUGGAGACAUUGAUGAGUGUGAGAACCCCAACGCCUGCAGCCAGAUCUGCAUCAACUACAAGGGAGACUUCAAGUGUGAAUGUUACCAAGGCUAUGAGAUGGACCCCGUCACCAAGACCUGUAAAGCAGAAGGGAAGUCUCCUUACCUGCUGUUCACCAACCGUCAGGAGAUCCGUCGGGUAGACCCGGUGAAGAGGGACUACCGCCAGGUGCUUGCCACCCAGAAGAAUGCUGUGGCGCUGGACGUAGACGUGGCUAAUAACCGUCUGUUCUGGUGCGACCGCUUCCACCGUAACAUCUACAGUGCUCUGAUCCCAGAAGCGGGCGACCCGUCCCAGCAGGUGACCCUGGUGGACUCUGGCUCUCUCCUCUCCCCUGAGGGCCUGGCCCUGGACUGGGUCCAACACAACCUUUACUGGACCGACUCGGGCCACAAGACCGUCUCGGUGGCCUCGGCCUACGACGGCCUCAAGAGGAGGGUCCUGGUCGACACGGAGCUCAGCGAGCCCAGAGCCAUAGCGCUGGAUCCACAGCAUGGGUUCAUGUACUGGACUGACUGGGGCACCCGGGCUAAGAUAGAGAAGGCAGGGAUGAACGGGGUGGACCGACAAGUCCUGGUGUCAGACAACAUUGAGUGGCCAAAUGGCAUCACCCUGGACGUAGCCAACAGGCGUCUUUACUGGGUCGACUCCAAGCUGCACCUAAUCUCCAGUGUGGACUUGAACGGGGCUCAUCGCAGGACACACCUGUCCUCCUCAGAGAGACUGGGACACCCCUACGCAGUGGCCGUGUUCGAGGACCGUAUCUACUGGACAGACCGGGAGAGAGAGGCGGUGUACAGCGCUAACAGGCUAACGGGCCAGGACAUCAGCACAGUGGCCGAGCACCUCAAAGACCCUCACGACAUAGUGGUCUUCCACCCGCUCCGCCAGCAACCAGGCCCAGACAGCUGUAACCUGGGCAGUGAGGACAACGGUGGCUGUGAGUACCUGUGUCUCAAAGCCCCCCAGAUCACAGAGCACUCCCCCAAAUACACCUGCGCCUGCCCCACAGGACAGGACCUGGGCCCCGAAAUGCGUGCCUGCAUGCCAGCAAAUGAGACCACUACCACAUCAUCACCUGUGGCCAUCACCACGGCCGCCAACGACAAAGUCUCCCCUCACACUUCUGGGUUGUCCCAGGCAGACGCCGGGGUGCCCCACCUCAUCCCAGCCCCCUCCAGCACCCCAGAGCCCCCCCCUGGGGUGGAGGAGAAGGAAGGCCGUGGUUUGGAUCCCACUGCUGACACCAACAUCCUGGUCACCUCCACCACAGUAGGCUUCGUCGUCAAGGAGGACAGCAACCUCUCCCACCACUCUGGAAGUGAACAUUUCCUCCUGGGUGAGAACCUGACAGUGGCAGUUCUGGGAGUAGUGAUCCCCAUAGUUCCUAUUGUUGCCACAGUGAUCUUCGGCCUGCUCUGCACCGGCGUCUACCUGGUUUGGCGGAACUAUCGCCAGAACGCCACCAAGAGCAUGAAUUUCGACAACCCUGUCUACCGCAAGACCACAGGCGAGGGCGAGGAGGACGAGAUUCACAUCGGCCGGACGGAUGGCAUCAUGGGCGGCCACCACGGGCACCACCCGUACCCGGCCGGAGUGGGGUGUGGCGUAGUCGGCGGGGGCGGAAAUACAUGCCCACAGUUCAUUGCGCUGCCACUAGGUGGCAGUAUGCCUGAUCCGGGGACUCAUUGGUACACGGAGCAGCCUAUGCUGUCUACUACGGCGAAAUGAGUAUGGAGACAAGACAAGAUGGCCGCUCAGGAGGUUAAUUUUCAAGAUGGCCGCCGCUCAGGCACACGCACACACAGUACUGAGGUUACAGGUCACUCAAGCUGACUGACUUGUUGAAUGGAUGGACAUAUGAUGUUAUGAUAUCAUCACAUCCAGCCAUUAAGUCCAUGAUGUGCCAGUUCAUUACACAGGAUCGACAGUUUUACACUUUCUACGUUUUUAAAUGUGAUGUCAGAGUUUGGGUGGGUUCCAAUUGAAUUCCUGUCAAUUUAGAAAAUUUAUAAGAAUUCAGUUCAUGAUUUCUCUACGUAUCAAUUGAAUUUAGAUACAUUUCCUCACUGGACUUGAAAAGGAGUCAACUCCAAUUCUGUAUGUUUUUCAUCCACUUUUGAUCAAUCUAAGCAGUAUUGAGCUGUGUUAUAUGUCUCACGUUUAAGGGCGAGAGGAGUUACAAAAUAUUAUUUUAAUCCUUGACGUUUUAAAUUUAGGCUCUCCAUUUUUAUUUCCCUGGUGGAACCUCAAUUUUCUGGAGAGACUUUUUAGGAGGAGGUUUAAACCACAGCAGCACCUUAGUAGAUGGGACAAUCUGUACGGUUUUAAGAUAUUCAUUUAACAUGUUUUAUUGCUCACCUCAUUAUUACUAAAGAUGUCAUAGUGUUUAGUUAUUCUGGUCUGGGCAUUUGUCUUGGAGUGGAGUGAAAGGUUUAAGAGAGAGUGUGUGGGCUUGUGUGUGAGUGUGAGUUUGCUUGUCUGUUCCAGCAUUUGUGUGUGGAUUUAUGUGUGUGUGUGUAAACCUGUGCGUGGAUUUACGUGUGUGUGUAAACCUGUGUGUGUACUUUCUCUCGCCAUUGGAGAGGAGUUUUGCAUCCUUGUUGAUAUCCUGUGAAGUACAGUUGAGCCGUGGCAGAAACUUCUGUGAUGUUUUCUUUAUUGAACCACAAAGGCUUUCAGAAGGCAAGCAGGGAAUAGGAGGGUCAAGGAGAGGUUUUGGUGGGAUCCAAGAAAAAACUGAAGGCUUAGCGAGAGAAUCCUUUGUAGUUAUUAAGGGUGGCCUGGAUUUAUAGGCCCAGUAAAAAUACGUCUAAUUACCAGCUAAUGGCUAAGGUUAUCUGUGUUAGUCAGGAUAAUGACAACAGAGUUGGCUGAAGCAGAAAUAGCCAGCUUUCUGGCUAGCAUGCUGUUUAUCAAGGCUAAAGCGGAAAUAACUAGCUUUCUGGCUAGCAUGCUGUUUAUCAAGGCUAAAGCAGAAAUAACUAGCUUUCUGGCUAGCAGGCUGUUUAUAAAGGCGAAAGCAGAAAUAGCUAGCUUUCUGGCUAACAGGCUGUUUAUCAAGGUUAAAGCAGAAAUAGCUAGCUUUCUGGGUAGCAGGCUAAUGUGUAUCUAGGCUAAACCAGAAAUGGCUAUUGGCUACCAGGCUAAUUGUUAGCUAUUAUUCUUCUCUCCUUUUUAGCUGUUUUCCAUGGCCAUAGGGUAUGUGGUUGGUAAAUGUGUCAUCUGUUUUUGGUGAUUUUAUUCUCCCAUCUGCUCUCUUUGUCAGUAAACUCAUACACACACAGUCACUCACCCUCGAUAGAUCACACACAGGCAUGCAUAUUCACUCACCCUUCACAAGCACUCCACAAUGCCCCUGUCCUCGUUAUUUGAGCAGAUGUCAUUGUGAGCUUUCAUACAGGAGGGCAAUAGUAGGAGGUCUAUCAUACAGGAGGAACUCAGUAGGAGGUCUACCUAUCAUACAGGAAGAUCUCAGUAGAAGGUCUAACAUACUGGAGGAUCUCAGUAGAAGGUCUAACAUACAGGAGGAACUCAGUAUUAGGUUGAUUGUUGACAAAAGGCUCCUGUCAGGUGAUUUGGUGGCCUAGGCUACGUGGCAGAUUUAGAUUUUGUCCCAAAUGGCACCCUAUUCCCUUAAUAGUGCACUACUUUUGACCAGGACCCAUAGGGCUCUGGUCAAAAGUAGUGCACUAUAUAGGGGAUAGGGUGACAGUUGGUAUGCACUUCUCAACAGUAAUGAGGUUCGGUCAAGUUGGAUCCUCCGGUCAGUAAACACGGCCCUCCUUCAUCCCCCUCUUUUUUGUCCCCCUCUCUUUUGUCCCCCUCUUUUUUGUCCGCCUCUCUUUUAUCCCCCUCUCUUUUG